UUGUUGCAGGAGAGGAACUACUAUGCCGCAUUGUGUAGCUUUCGGUUGUAAUUUCCAGUCGAAGCUCAACAAAGGAACAGAUGUAAGUCUGCACAGCUUUCCUCAUGAGAAAACAAGAAGAAAGCAAUGGGAAGAUGUUUGCGGUCGAGUACAACUCCCCAAAGACCCGCGGCUGUGCUCUAGCCACUUUAGCCCUGAUGCGUUUGAGGCAUUUAGUCGACCACGGUUGAUAAAAGAGCUCACAGGUGCUUCUGGUUAUAAGCGAAGACUAAAAUCAAAUGCAGUCCCGACAAUUUUUCGCUAUGAGGAGACCACGGGUCUGGGAAAAGCGAGUAAAAACCGCGCUAAGAAACGCCUAAGACCAGAGAUGCUAAACAGUUUCCGGGAUGGUUGUAAACAACAACCCGCUUCUACAGUAGCCAACAUGUUCGUGGAUGAUGGUGACCAAUCAGACACCGUGUCAGUUAUGGAGGAGACAAGCAAUGAAGCAGCUGAAGCUACUAAAGUAUCCCACAGCGUUACAAGAGAUCAUGACUACUGCUCAGUCCCUGAGCCAUCAGCAGAAGACCUGUCCAAAGACGUGGAGAGUCUGAGGAAGGAAAUACAGGAGUUACGUGUCCAGCAAAAGUUUGGGUUACAGCGGUUUGCUGGCUCUGACAGUGACAUCCAAUUCUAUACCAGAUUUCCAAGCUAUGAUCAUUUGAUGGCAUUCUGGGUUUUGAUUGAGCCUUGCAUCUAUAAGAUGAUCCGGGCUUCAAGAGCCAAGUCAGCUGCCAACACGGACGAAGAAGUGUUGACACCUGCACGCACACAAACGAGGCAGCUGCUCCAGCCAAUCAACGAGUUCUUUCUUUUCCUGGUUUUCCUGUCUGUUGGUCUGAAGGAGAGGGACCUGGCUCAUCGAUUCAACAUACACCAGUCCACAGUGAGCAGCAUCAUUGCAACAUGGACAAGUUUUCUUGCCACUGCACUGGGGUCUCAGUGCAUCUGGCUUACACGUGCAGAAGUGCAAGCUUACCUCCCUAAGGAAUUCAAAGGUUUCUCAGACACCCAGGUGAUCCUUGACUGUACAGAGCUGAGGUGUCAGACACCAUCCUCACCACUUCUCCAGAGUGAAACGUACUCUUCAUACAAAUCCCACUGCACGAUGAAAGCCCUGGUUGGCAUAGCUCCACAUGGUCCAGUCACAUUCAUCUCUGAUCUGUACGCAGGUUCGGUUACUGACAAGGAACUAUUCAAACAAUCAGGCAUUGCUGAGAAGUUGACUGAAGACAUGGCAGUGAUGGUAGAUAAGGGCUUCCUGAUCACAGAUGGUUGUAAAUGCAAAGUGUACCGCCCCCCUUUUGUAUCUAAGCAGAAGAAGAACCAGGUUAAGGAGACGCAGGCCACAGUCAGACUCGGGCUACAUGUGGAGCGAGUCAUUAGGAGGAUCAAACAGAACAAACUUUUUGAUGGCAUCAUCACCAUGUCACCUGUUUACAAUAUCAACCAACUGUUUGCAGUAGCAUGUAUGCUGUCAAAUUACCAGAACACAGCAUUAGUUAAAAAACGGAUUAAGUGAGACGAGAUGGAGUUGUCCCAAGACACCAGUGCAAGUAACUUAUGCUAGGCAUGGAGCUUUAAAUACUUACUAUGUAAAUAAGUUCUGCAAACAUUCAAUGUGUAAAAUGUUUUUGAUAUUUUUGCUAAAAUAAGAGUUUAUUGAUUUCACACAACAGUAAAAU